GUAAGGCUGCUUGGCUGCUACCAAAGUCGCUCCCUAGUCCCCGCUGUCCCUUCUGCCUUCAGUCUGGACAUACCCAGGGACCACUGCAAUUCAGCAUCUCCACACGGAGACAGUUCCUCUCUCUCUACAGGCGCCAGGAACUCCAGAGAAUUGCUCGCUGCUCCUCAGCUACCCGUGCGUCCUCAAACUGUGGAUGGAGCACUGACCUGCCCAGCUCCCUCUAAGAUGCUCCUGGCCUCACCCACUACACCCUCGAGGGGACGAACCCCCAGCGCCGUGGAGAGGUUGGAGGCCGACAAAGCCAAGUACGUCAAGACGCACCAGGUGAUAGUACGUCGUCAAGAGCCAGCCCUGCGCGGGGGACCAGGACCACUGACGCCUCACCCCUGCAAUGAGUUGGGGGCCUCCUCUGCAUCGCCCAGAACGCCUGGGCCUGCCCGCCGGGGUAGCGGCAGGCGACAGCCACGACCUGACUCCCUUAUCUUCUACCGUCAGAAGAGGGACUGCAAGGCUUCGGUGAACAAAGAGAACACCAAGGGCCAGGGGCUAGUCCGACGCCUUUUCCUGGGUGCCACCCGGGACGCUGCCCCGAGCAGCCCGGCACCUACAGAGAGACCUGGGGCUCCCGCGGGGUGGGCUGGGUCUCCGGAUACUCCGGAGGCGCCAGGGAAGCGCGCACUGUGUCCCACGUGCUCGCUGCCACUGUCGGAGAAGGAGCGAUUCUUCAACUACUGCGGCUUGGAGCGCGCGCUGGUGGAGGUGCUGGGCGCCGAGCGCUUCUCUCCGCAGAGCUGGGGCGUAGAGCACGGCCCGCAGGUCGCUACGUCGCCGCCGCCGCCCGGCUCCGGGGACACCAGCGAUUGGACAUCCAGCGACAGGGACGCGGGUAGCCCGGACUGUGCGGGCGGCGGAGGCGGCGGCGGCUCGGAGGCGGCGGGGUCGGCGCGGGACGAACGCCCCACGGUGUCGGUGGUAGAACGCAACGCGCGCGUCAUCCAAUGGUUGUACGGCUGUCAGCGCGCGCGCGCCCCGCCGCGCGAGUCCGAGGUGUGACCACCACGGCACGGGAAGACGGCUCCCGGAGAGCUCGCCUCGUCCGUGAAUGAAUCCUUCCCCUGGAUCUCAGGUUGCCCCACUCCCCCAUCUGCACGCUGAGCAGGGCGGGACCACAGGGGGCCAGGCGCGGACCGUGGCAACCCGUAGAGUGGCCAAGUGGCCUCUCUGGAUGCUGAAUGUGAGCAGUGAUGGACUUGGGGUGGGAGACGAGCGAACUACUGAAUAAAGCUAAAAUGUUAUUUAAUAAAAG